AUGCAGCUACCGCGGUAUCACACCAUACCCGUCUGCAGUGAGGGCCAAAAGAACGUCAUCCGGGGUCUAGCCUCCCGAAGGAAAGAGCUGAAAACACUCGCACAGCGCGAGCUCACUCCAGCAGAAAGACAAAACUUGAACUUCUGCGAACCCGGUAUUCUAGAUCGGAAUGCGGCCCAGACCCAGCGGUUCCUGGAGGAAAACAAUUGCCAUGUUCCAGUGCGUCCGAAGGUGUAUGACAAUAUUGAGAGGCCUGCGGAGUCCAAAUCAAUCUACCUGCUUAUCUCCCAAGGCGAUGUUGCUGAGUCUGCCCUGGAAAAUGGCUUCCUUAUGCCAAUAACCUUAUUUGAUGACGUUUUCCGCUCGCUAGCAGAAUGGCUGGACUCUAGCCAUUCUGACCUUCGGCGGUGGCAGGACUUCUUGUUCUCAUCAUAUAUUUGCUGGUUGGUUGAUCAUGGGGGAGACCUCCACUCCACAGUCCCGACUCCGUGGGGCAGUACAACAGCAGCGCACUACUUCAUGGCCUAUCUCGGCACGACUCAAAACUGUUUUAACAGCGAUGGCGAUGAAGUCAACGCCACUUCUCCAUUGUCGACAGCGGAUCGCCUCGAAAUUGAAGAGGAAGACAGCUUGCGACUGGAGCUACUUGAAAAGCUCGUCACGGAAUUUGAAAGGGAGCGUGGUAACUAUGCUGAUCUGUUGUCCUUUGCACAAGAAUAUUGGGCUCCAAGGAUGGAGGUUGUUUAUGAAGAGAUCGAGUCAUAUGUUCUGACGGAGAUUCAGCGACAAGAAGCCGAGGAAGCUGGAGUUGUCUGGGAAUGUUAUGGUCCGCAACUUGCUGAGAACGAAGAGGAGGUAAGUAAACUGGAGAAGGUUCUGAGGGAGCUCGAUGAAAUUGCUACAGAUCCUGCAAGACCAAGGCUUGUGUAG